AUGUCAGAGCCUCAGGGAUCGCUUCCGGCCCCGGCCUCGGGAGUACGAUCUCAAUAUCAGCACUUCGUACCUCAAUUCCUCCUCAAGAACUUCGCGCACAAAUACGCACCCCCGGACCAAGACAACACCGACUCCAACAAGGAGAAGAAGAAUAAGAAGAAUAAGAAGAAGAAGCAGAAAGGCCAGAAGUACGAAAAGGGGAUGUACCCGGGGGACCCUGUUGUAUACAACCUCGAUCUCGAGCAAGAUGUCCUCUCCAUCCAAGAGACCCCGGUGGGCCGUAUCCUUGGUGAAGUGGAUAUGUACCGCGACCCUGACAAGCCUACAAAGGAGCAGCAGCGUAUUGAGGAAAAGUUUCGCGGCUUGGAGCGGACAGUGUGUGGCAUAUUCAGAAGAAUGGUAAAGGAAUUGGAAGAUUCGAAAAGGGGCGUGAUGCUCACUCGUCUCGAAAGAGAUCUUGUCCGAAAGUUCCUCUUCUUGCUCAAGUAUCGAGGUCCUGGAUUUCGCAGACGAUUCAACCACUCCGUCCCGGAUACUUACUCGGAGAACGACAGAGUCCUCAUCCUCGAAUAUAUGGAAAAACGUGGAUACAGUCGACCUUUGGACGUCUGGUUUGAGGGCCUUGGAGCCAUCAUUGACCUGGACAUGAACAAAACAACCAGGGAAUGGACCAAAACCCUAAUGUCGACAAUGUUCUUUCCGGAUGCCGUGUGGUUCGCAUCGCACAUCGACAUGUCCUUCAUGGCCUUGUGCACUGUGGCCGAUGAUGAAGAUGAGUACGUUCUCACCGACCACAGCUACAACGUAUUUGAAGGCCCGAACUCCUUCGUCAGAGACCCGAAGACAGGAAAAAUCGAAGGUGGUGCCUGCCGCCGGUUCCACGAGUUUGCGCCCAUUUCCCCUAAACUCAUGCUCGUUCUCCGAAGCAAUGACCUCCCUUACCGAGGUGAACGUCUUGACCAUGAGAGCCGACAGAACCUCCGAAGGGUACAUGAGGCAAGCCUGCAGCAAUGGGCCGUGCAGCCCAAAUCUAUCUUGCAUAGUCUGCCUGUUGGGAAAGCCGAAACCUCGAAUCCAUACAUUAUCUAUCACGGCAAAGUUCAGCCCGAGUGGAAACCCAAAAAGGACGAUAGAUGCAGGAAUGUCGUGUUCGGCACAAGGGAAGGGUUUUUUCGCAUUUUAGAGGACUACAUGACUUCCACUACGCCCCAUCACAAGGUCUUGGGCGGUGAUACUGUUUCUAGCGGUCGGCGGCUGCUUGGGAAGUUCGAGGCUUUACUAAAGGCUCUUGGUUCUGAGGGGACUUGCUAUAUCCCCCCCGAAGAGCCGACCGAGACGGUAGAUGAUUACGACAAAUUCAUGGAAGUCCAUAUACAAAAAAACCGCUACUUUACGGAGCUUCUUCAAGACAAGAGCAGAGAGUUCAAAGUUGAAGAGCUCUUGGAACAUAUCCCAGAGGCGUCCGAAUAUGUGGACUUACCAGAGUUCCGCAAAGCAGCUGGUCGACGCCCAAAGCCUCCCAGGCCUUCAGGACUCGAAUACCUCGACUUAUUCGCUUCGAAGAUAGACGAAUUUUACGAAAUGAUGCCUCAGGGUAUGGAGGUUGGGGGAGUUUACGGCGUUCUUGGCGGGCAUACACGGACAAUAUUCUACGACAUGAACCAGGCGCUCAGGAUGCUAGUUCUAAGGAUAAAAAUCGACGCAUGGUCCCACGGCAUCGACGAGCGAACCCGAGUCUUCAACCGCGAAUACCUCACGAAUUUGUACCUGCACCUGCCUCCCCGUCGCUUCUAUUUCUAUCUGCAGUUGUGUCGAAGAAUGCACGCCGAUGAACCGGAUUAUGACAUUGAGAUAUCUACUAGCUCUAAUUUGAUGCCUAGCCCUGAGGAAUGCAUCGCAAUGGGUAAGUAG